AUGGAACUUCCAGCUGUUGAUCCCGACAAGUUUGUUAUGCGCGAGGUGAGUGGAUUAGGAUCAGAUCGAUGUCAAAUCGUCCUCAUGUACGACCAACACCGAUUCGUUCUUGACGUGGCAAAGCAAGAUGACAAAGAAGAUGGGGAUGUUUUAUCAGAUUAUUUCUAUCGAAGUGAGACGGCCGAGAGUGAUGGCGAUGAAGAUUUGCUUGAUCGAUGCGUGGAAGAUCUGGUAGACCUUGUGAUCUCGGAAUGCAAAUAUACACUGUACUCCUUUGUCGACUCAGUCAAGAAGCCGAACGGCGAGCACCCUUCUCUUGAGGACCACCUGUACCCGAAAACUUCGUAUCUGCAACUAAAAAUCCUGGAUGGACAACUGAAAGCGGUCGAGAUGAACGAUCCUUCCGAGUUCGCUGGCCAGUACUUGCCUACGCCGUUGUCAGCCGAAUUUACACCUCAGGCCAUGACUUCUCUCACUCCAUCAGUUGAUAUAGCGUUCAUUCAGAACCUAUACGCGAAUAAAGUUCUCAAAGUCUCCGAAGACGGCAAGGUGCGUGUCUUCAAAUCAGCAAACGAGGCCAACGAAUACCAGCUUGAACGAGAAAUACUUGUCCUGCAGCAAAUAUCUGAGAAGUGGAAGCUAGAUCAACCCAUCCAGCCUCGGGUUCCUCGCUUUCUUGGUCUCGUAACAUCUAGAGGUCGAAUUAUGGGAAUGUUGGAGGAGUUUAUCGAUGGCACGGAACUUGCGCAAAUAGGAGCAGACAAAGCCUCCCCUGCCCAAUGCCAAAAGUGGAAGCUUCAGAUUGAGCAAUCUGUCUCCCAACUACACGAGAACGGGAUUGUGUGGGGAGAUGUGAAGAUGGCAAACAUCAUGAUCGACAAGGCGGACGAUGCCUGGCUCAUUGAUUUCGGAGGCAGCUGGACUGAUGGCUGGAUCGACAAAGAUCUAAAGGAGACCAUAGAAGGCGACUUGCAGGGCUUGUCAAAGGUAGUGGCAAUUCUGAAUGGCGACCUGACAGAUCCAACGUAUCAUCGCAAGGCAACAACUGUUGAAGAGGAUGCCAAGGUACAACAAAAUGAAGCCAUCAAUGAGUUUUCUUGCUCGACUAUUGAAGGGGAUACAAUCAUACAACAAAGCGCAGUCAUCCAUAAGAGCGCUUACUUGGUGGGAGGCAACGGAGCAGAAGUGGAACAGAACGUUGAACAAAUCUCAGAAUAG